CAAUAUAUGGAAACUGGUUCUUUACAACUCUAGUCGUCUAAGCGAUGGCUCACUCUUCCAAUGAGGAGACCCAGACCUCGCUCGCCGAUCUCUUGGAGGAUUACCUGGAGGAGCUCAGUGAUGAAGAGUUAAAGAAGUUUAAAUCGAAACUGAGUCGCACAAAGUAUAAAGAGUUAAAGCCCCUUCCCAGGGGUCAGGUGAAGGGCUUGGAUAGAACAGACCUCGCCGAGAAGAUGAUAAGUUGCUACAUGGAAGCUGGUGCUCUUGAAGUCACACUUGAAAUCCUGAAAAAUAUGAACCUGAAUGACCUUGCUGAGAGACUGAAGGCAGACAUGCAGAAGUGUAACCAAGCUGGAAGUGAGCUGGGUGAUGUAUCAGACAAAAUAUUACUGGGUAUUCCACACUAUGGGGAGGAGAUACUGAGCUUCUGUCUCUUUUUCUGCAGGCUGUCAGGCUGUAGAGUCACAGAAGAAGGCUGUUUUUCCCUGGCUUCUGCUCUGAGGUUAAACCCCACACACCUGAGAGAGCUGGAUCUGAGCUACAAUCACCCAGGAGACUCAGGAGUGAAGCUGCUCUCUGCUGUACUGGAGGAUCCCAGCUGUAAACUGGAGAAGCUGCAGGUGGGCCGGUGUGAACUCACAGAGAAUUGCUGUGAGGUGCUGGCUUCAGCUCUCAGAUCAAAUUUCUCACCCCUGAGAGAGCUGGACCUGAGUGCCAAUGACCUGCAGGAUUCAGGAGUGAAGCUGCUCUCUGCUGGACUGGGGGACUUACACUGUAAACUGGAGAUACUGAGGCUGUCAGGCUGUAGAGUCACAGAAGAAGGCUGUUCUUCCCUAGCUUCAACUCUGAGGUCAAACCACUCACACCUGAGAGAGCUGGAUCUGAGCUACAAUCACCCAGGAGACUCAGGAGUGAAGCUGCUCUCUGCUGUACUGGAGGAUCCCAGCUGUAAACUGGAGAAGCUGAAUGUGGACCACAGUGGAGAGUGCAGGACCAGACCAGGCUUACAGAAAUGUAAGUGUGUUUGCAUGUUUUUAUUAAUAAUACCAUUGAUACUAUGUUAUGGUUUUAUUCACACAGUUGUUGUGAUGAGUGUUGCUUUUUGCAUUAUGUGUAGAUGGAUUUCCAUGUUUGUGUUUAGGUGAGUUUCUGUUUGUGUCAUUUUAGACAACAUCCAAAUGAGAAAAAUAAAACAUCAAAAUCAUCACCAAAAACACUAUCAAUUAAUUUAAUAAUUUAAAAAAUAUUUUUUAUAAAUGCUUUAUAGCUGCUCAUAUUGUCUUUGUGUGGGAGUGUAAGAUGGUUAAAAUAUAUUCUGAUGUAGUUGUACAUCUUUAAUUUCACAAAAAAAGAAUCCUUUGCAUUUGUUCUUUUUGCACAUGCCGUGAGUGUAUGUGUUUUCUGUGUGAGAUUCGUUAGUAUUGUCCUAAGAUGGCACCCAUAGGCAGUGAUACCGAACUCUCUCCUCAAGAGCGAAAUGUGAAUUUGCAUUUUUACAGAGUGGUUCUGGAACACUCCUUAAUAAUCAUGAGAGAAUAUUUCUGAUUGGG